AAGGCAGUCCCCUUUCUGGCCACGUCUGCCGGGUUGUGUAGCUGCGGCGCAGAAGUACCAGCUGUUCUGGGUUAAACUCAGCCUUGGAGAGGGGAUGAGGGAGAAUCCUCAGGGCGCUCUAUGCUGCCACGCACGCCCCUCGACGGGGCUGCGUUGGCCGCAGCUGCUGGUGCUUGGUUUGCUCAUACCAUUCGCCUUCGCCUGGGAGACCGGCGACUUGGAGCUCUUCGACCUCGUGGAGGAAGUCCCGCAAAACUUCUAUGCUUUCCUCGGCGUUGAGCAGGAUGCUCCAUCGGCAGAUAUUAGGAAAGCUUAUCGCAAGCUUUCACUGAUAUUACAUCCAGACAAGAAUAAAGAUGAAAAUGCUGAAACUCAGUUUAGACAAUUGGUGGCCAUAUAUGAGGUUUUAAAGGAUGAAGAGAGAAGGCAUAGGUAUGAUGAUAUCCUGAUCAAUGGGCUACCAGAUUGGCGACAGCCUGUAUUUUAUUACAGACGAGUGAGGAAAAUGAGCAAUGAAGAGUUGGCAUUACUUCUGUUCAUUAUCCUCACAGUAGGACAUUAUGCCGUGGUUUGGUCUAUCUACCUGGAAAAACAACUGGAUGAGUUGCUUAGUAGAAAAAAGAAGGAGAAGAAGAAAAGAUCUGGAGGAAAGAAUAAUGAUGAAGUAAAACUUGGUGUAGAGAAGAGUGAAAGACUGGUGGAAAAACCACAGUGGCGGGACCUACUUCCAUGUAAAGUGGGAAUAUGGUUCUACACAAUGGUAAAAGCAUUGCCUCAAUUAUUUCAGGAGGCCAAGCAACUCUACGUAGAAUAUAAAGAAACAAAAAUAAAAGAGAAAGAAGAGGCUUUGGCAAGAGCUGAACUGGAAACUCUUCAGAAGGGAAAAAAACUAAAAAUCAAGAAACCAAAACCUGAAUUUCCUAUAUAUACUGUGGCUGAAACAAAUGCAUUUAUACCAUCAUAUGAUCAUGGAACUUCUAUUGAAGAAAUUGAGGAACAGAUGGAUGAUUGGUUGGAAGACAGGAACAAAUCAUUAAAAAGAAAGGUCCCUGAAUGGAUGGAAGAGGACCUUAGCCAACUGACAAGAAGUAUGGUUAAGUUCCCAGGAGGGAUGCCUGGUCGAUGGGAAAAGAUUGCUCAUGAAUUGGGUCGAUCAGUGGCAGAUGUUACAAUGAAAGCCAAGCAGAUUAAAGAUUCAGUUUCAAGUGCUCCAGGUACUAUUAAAUUUUCAGAGUUGAAAACUUUGGCCCAAAGCUCAAAACCCAACAAGGCCAGUAUUAACUUACCUGAUCUUAUAAUAACUCAACGGGAUAAAGAAGAAGAUGACCAGGAGGAAACAACAAAGUACAAUUAUGAUCCAGAAACAAUAAAUAAGAUCACAACAGAUGAACAAGAGACUGGGUUAAAUGAAGCCCGACAUCGGAGGCGGAAAACAAUACCAAAGGCUGCUGAAACAAUAUUCCCAGGGACAAAAGAGACAACAGAGGACAAGUGUAGAGGGAAGCGCCAGAAGGACUUUGACACUGCAGAACAAGAGGAAUAUAGCGAUGAUGAGGCCAGAAAAAAAGAGAAGUGUCGCAGUUCAGAUGACUUGUGGACUCAGAAUCAACAAAAGCUUCUAGAGCUGGCUUUGCAACAGUAUCCAAAGGGAACGCUGGAACGUUGGGAUAAAAUUGCCAAAUGUGUUCCAGGAAAAAGCAAGGAAGAAUGUAUGACUAGAUAUAAGCUGUUGGUUGAGCUUAUACAAAAGAAAAAAAUGGUCAAAAGCUGA